AUGGACACGCUGCUUCUCUGCUCCACCCUGGGCCUCCUGCUCACACACACUGAAGCGUCCGCUGACGACGGCUGGACUAUGACCAUGCCUCCCGAGGUGCGUGCCAUCGAGGGCUACCCCGUGGUGCUGCCCUGCUCCUUCACCCACCCUCACCACACGCACCACUCCUCCAUCCAGGUGGCGUGGCGGCUGGGCCACUGGCCGGGCUCCACCACGCUCUACCAGUGCACCAGCCUGGACGACAGCCACCGGUGCCAGGCCCGGCCCAGUCAGGACCAGCGCUACCGGCUGGAGGGGAACCCGCGGGAGCACGACCUCUCGCUGCGCAUCAGCAGCGUGGCGCUGCAGGACAGCGGCCGCUACUACUGUCGUCUGGAGGUGCCCGGGCACCCGGCCGCCGUCUUCGAGAAUAAAAUGGGCACGCGACUUCGAGUGGAAGCUCCCCCUCGCAUCCUGGGUUUGUCUGUGGUGCCCAGCGAGGUGUCUGGGUUCAAAGCCCUGUGCCGCGUUCAGGGGUCCCCCUUACCCGACGUCCAGUGGGUGGGGCCAGACGAUGUCGUCGAGGGAGCUCCAGCCUACCCGCUCCAGCAGGAAGCCCCCUACCAACACCUGACCUUCAGCCAGCUCCAGGACGUCCAGGCUGGGGGGCAGUACACAUGCGCGGCCUCUAACCCGCUGGGGAAGGACCAGGCCACCCUCUUCAUCCUGCCCUCCGCCUACGUGGAGUCCGGCCCGGAGACGAGCCCCUCUCCCCUGCUGCUGCUGUUCUCCAUCACCCUGGGGGCCAAGCUGGCUCUGCUGCUGGGGGUGGCUGUCUGGGUGGCUAAGGGACACUUCAGCUCGUGGCUCAGCUGCGUGGCUGAUUGAAAUACAGCACAUGCAUUUCAAAACGCAUAUUUGAAUACACGAUGUGAGAACGCA